ACAACGCGUCGUUUGCACUAGACCUCCUAGACUGCAGCUUUCCGAGGGUGCCCAUCGACUUCAUUUAGUACAAGGCAUUCACUGCACACUUCGAUGCCAGCAUUUCAACCACUUACAGGCGAGAAACGGAAGCUGCCACUCGAUUCAUCCAGCAGGAAGAAAGUCGCGAUCGAAAACGCACUCGGAAGUCCCUCAGCGUGUCAUGCAAGCAAUAAUAACGGUGGGGAGGAGUACUGGAUGAUUCAGUGGAGAUAUCCCCAGUACAAGAAACACAAAACUUGGGAUGGAGAUGCCAUCCUAGUUAUCACAGGCAUCAGAGGGUCGAUGUUCGACCUAGAAGGAAAAAUAAUGGGCGCUGGGUCCUUAAAUGCGCUCAAGGCUGAGGAAAAUGGAGAGUAUCAAUUUGGAGGGAAAGAAAUCAGGAUCGAUCAUCCAAUUUCUCGAGGAGAAUACCUGUCUGGAAAGUGCUAUGGUCGAGGAAGCAUGUCGUCUCCUGCAACCACUGGGAAUAACUCCGUGGUACCCUCUUUGCGCGUCACUCCCUUGCCUUCGACGAAGAUGAACAUACCUUACAAAACCCCAUUCAAACCCGUAGACAAGAGGGCUAUUGAUCUUCUUCCUGUCAGUCUUCUAUCCACUCGGAAUCCCGCCUCUGCAGGUCCCUCGAAAGCGAAGGUACCACCUACUUACUGGACUGCUAAUUGGCGGAGGCCGCAGAGCAAGAAGCACAAGACUUGGGACGGUGAUGCAUUCGUCAGCCAUGUCGGUGACAAGCUCACUGUGAUAUCAGAAAAGGGGAAAAUUCUUGGUCGAAAGGAAUGGGAUGGACUUGCUCUCCACAACGGGUACAGCUUCAACGCUGGUGGCAAACAGAUCGAGUUAGACUCCCAGGUACCAGCAUCGCGAAUGCCUUCGAUCACUGGGAUAGAAGAUGAAAUGCUAGUGCCGGAGGAAGAUGUGCCGGUAGUGCUAUCUUCACCAUCCAAGCCGUCGUUUCUGCUUCAUGCGAAAGGCGCUCUCCCUGGCAAAGAGAAUGGUAUCUACAUAGCUGCAUCUCCAGGCGCUUCAAAGGUAUUCGUGGCCCCUGCGUCAUUCUAUGGCCAGAAACCGAAUAAGAAGCCCAAUGAACCGUUGCAUGAUUCCGGAGCAGAGGGAGCAAUCGUCAUGAAAGCGCCGACCCCAGAACAUGCUGGGAAGUUCAACAAGAAGAACUUACCCACUGUAGCGGUCGUCGUGGAUCCCAUCAUUGCAAGACACCUUCGUCCACACCAAAUUGAAGGCGUCAAAUUUCUGUACGAAUGUGUCAUGGGCCUACGAAGACAUGAGGGUCAAGGGUGUAUCCUUGCCGAUGAGAUGGGUCUGGGGAAAACCCUUCAGACAAUUUCUCUGGUAUGGACGCUCCUCAAGCAGAAUCCAUAUGUUGGCGCUGGGCCAGUGAUCGGCAAGGCCUUGAUUGUAUGCCCCGUAUCGCUGAUCAAUAAUUGGCGCGCCGAAUUCCACAAAUGGUUAGGGAGAGAUCGCGUCGGUGUUUUUACAGGCGACAAGGACAAAUCGACCAUUAAGCAAUUUCUCAACUCGCGGAUACAUCAAGUCCUGGUCAUUGGCUAUGAAAAGCUUCGGAGUGUCAUAGACGACUUAGCAUAUUGCAAUCCACCAAUUGGCCUGGUUAUUUGUGACGAAGGACACAGACUGAAGUCAUCGAAUAACAAGACCUCGACAAUGUUUAAAUCACUACGUACUGUUCGAAGAAUCAUUCUUUCCGGUACUCCUAUUCAGAAUGAUUUAAGUGAAUUCCAUGCCAUGGCAGACUUUUGUAACCCAGGGCUACUCGAUGAUCACGCUACAUUUCGUAGAGUUUACGAGGUUCCUAUCCUUAAAAGUAGAGCACCGGAUUGCACGGAUAAGGAACUCGAGCUUGGUGAGGCUCGGUCAGCUCAGCUGUCUGUGAUUGCAAAAAGUUUCGUAUUGCGUCGGGAAGCCAGCAUUCUCAAGAAUUAUCUUCCGCCCAAAUACGAAUAUGUCGUGUUUAUAACUCCGACGCAACUGCAGUUAUCCAUAUUCUCGGCCAUUCUUAACCCUGAUAAGCUAGAUAAGCUGAUUGAUGGACCAACCGCCGAAUCGCUUGCUUUGAUCAAUAUGCUCACAAAAGUCAGCAAUAGUCCCGUGUUACUCAAGGCUCAGGCAGAUAAGGCAAGAGCAACAAACUCGGAUACAAUUCGCCGGCCAGGUAUCGAAGAAGCCUUGAGUUUAUUACCUGACAAUGCCCGAGUCGAAGACUUCUCCAUGAGCGGCAAGCUUCUGGCGUUGUCGAACCUCCUCAGAGUGAUCAGAGAGCGCACCCAAGAAAAAUGCAUCAUUGUUUCACAUUACACAUCAACCCUCAAUUUGAUCGAAGCCUUCUGCAAGAAGAAGUCUUAUACUUACUUCCGGCUGGACGGGCAAACACCAGCAGGGAAACGGCAGGAAUAUGUCAACACCUUUAAUAAAUCAUCACAACACAGCCACUUUCUUUUCUUGCUGAGUUCAAAGGCGGGCGGCGUUGGGCUCAACCUUAUCGGCGCGUCGAGAUUAUGUUUGAUAGAUUCCGAUUGGAACCCGAGUCAUGACCUCCAGUCCAUGGCACGCAUUCAUCGUGAUGGUCAGAAACGGCCAGUUUACAUCUAUCGAUUUCUAACUGCAGGAACAAUCGAUGAGAAAAUCUAUCAGAGGCAGGUGACCAAGAUUGGACUUAGUAACUCGCUUAUGGGCUCGGGAUCGUCCGGCUCAAAGUCAGACUCAUUUUCACGGAAAGAUCUUCGGGACAUCUUCCGAGUCCAUCCUGAGACAGGCUGCAAUACCCAUGACCUUUUGGAUUGCGGAUGUGAUGCCGGUCCAAAGCAUAUCCUCAAAGACGACGACGACGACGACGUGAUGAGUGUCGCCGGAAACAAUAUAGAAGAUGGCGAGGAUGACGACGACGAAGAUUUUCCAGAUAUCGGUUUCAUCAGUGCGUCGCAAGUCAAACCUCGCCGUAUUGAGAAGAUGGAUGGAGCAUACAUGAAGAAGAAACAGGCGGAGCUUGCAUCACUCGGAGAGUGGACACACAUCAACUGCCUGCGGAGCUUGACGAGCGACAACAUCCACGAUGACAUUCUUCGCCAUCUGAUGCUUCCAAGUGCGAGCGAGGAUAAAGAAAUCCCCGCGCGCCCGAAAUCAAGGCUUGAUUCACUAUUAUCGGCCGUUGACCUUGACCAGAUUGCAGCUAUGGAUGAAGCGACACAAACUCUAUCUGUCCGUGAUGUCCCUGGUGGCACCAUUUCAUUCCUUUUCGAGAAGACGUCCGUUUCUACCUUGGAAGAAAAUGAUGUAGAAGAGGGCUCAGUGGUUUGAUGACACUCACAACUUUGUUCUUGAUACCUACGACUUCCGGAUUCUACACCCUACUUACGAAUUUCUCUCAUGGUCCAAACGAACUUCAAAAAAGUCACUUGCGUUACUGAGACUGAGCACAUAACCGAGGCCCUAAUAACUUC